AACGAUAAGUUAGCUAUGCUUCCUGUUCCUGUCACAGUGGGCAGCAACUCUGAAUUUGCCUCGGUUCUGUUGAUCUUCCCGUACUUACCAAUACAGACAGAAUGCGGAGUAGUCUAUGAAAGCGUAAUUGGGACAACACAUGUAUGAGGUAGAUGGACAACAAGAGCGACGAAGAAUUCAAGGCUCAGAAGUCUUACAGAAAUCAUAAGGCGUCCGUUUCUCUUUUGUCGGCACCGUAAGGAGAGCUUCCUCCAAUUAACUGAAUUGUUAUAUUUUGUGUCCAUAAACAACCCUAUCGCCUGUCCCCUAUCAAUAAUGAGCAGGUGGUUCCACCGUGAUCUGAGUGGCAUCGAUGCUGAGGCCUUGCUGAAAGCACGAGGAAUCCAUGGCAGUUUCUUGGCUCGCCCUAGUCGAAAGAACAAAGGGGACUUCUCCCUUUCCGUCAGGAUUGGCGAUCAGGUAACCCACAUCCGCAUCCAGAAUACGGGGGAUUUUUAUGACCUCUAUGGAGGAGAGAAAUUUGCCACUUUGUCUGAAUUGGUGGAGUACUACACACAGCAGCAGGGAUGUCUGCAAGACAAAGAUGGAACCAUUAUCGAUUUGAGAUAUCCGCUGAACUGCUCUGAUCCCACGACAGAAAGGUGGUAUCAUGGACACCUUUCUGGACCAGCAGCUGAAACUUUACUUCAAACCAAGGCUACACCAUGGACCUUCUUGGUGCGAGAGAGCCUUAGUAAACCUGGCGAUUUUGUGUUGUCUGUGCUGACAGACCAGCCUAAAUCUGGAAGUGAUGCUACUCCAGCUGGAGCCACCAACACCCCCAAAGAGCAGUUCAAAGUCACUCAUGUCAAGGUCAUGUGUGAGAAAGGAAAAUACACUAUCGGUGGCCUAGAAAAAUUCAGCAAUUUGUCUGACCUCGUGGAUCAUUUUAAGAAGGCUGGCAUUGAAGAGGCAUCUGGAUCCUAUGUGUAUUUAAGACAGCCUUUUAACGCCACCCGGGUGAAUGCAGCUGACAUUGAAGACAGGGUUCAAAUGCUCAACAAGAGGAGCCAAAUAGAAGAGGCAGCCAAAGGUGGCUUCUGGGAGGAGUUUGAUAGCUUGCAGAAACAGGAGACUAAGAAUUUGCAUGAACGGACUGAGGGCCAAAGACCAGAAAACAAGUGCAAGAAUCGCUAUAAGAACAUUUUGCCAUUUGACCGCUCCCGUGUCAUCCUCCAAGACAGAGAUGGGAAUGUUGCUGGAUCGGAUUAUAUCAAUGCCAACUACAUCAAGAACACAAUGGUUAGCCCUGAAGAGUGCACCAAAACAUACAUCGCUAGCCAAGGUUGCUUGGACGCCACCGUCAAUGAUUUCUGGCAGAUGGUAUGGCAGGAAAAUUCACGCAUCAUUGUGAUGACCACCCGGGAGGUGGAGAAAGGAAGGAACAAAUGUGUCCCUUACUGGCCAGAGGUGGGAAGCAGUAAAGAAUAUAGACCAUACAUAGUCGAAAAUGUUGGAGAACACGACGCCCUUGAAUACAAACUCCGACAGCUCCGUAUCUCACCUAUCAAUAAUGGAGAGGCUGUGAGAGACAUUUGGCAUUACCAGUACCUGAGCUGGCCUGACCAUGGUGUCCCCAGUGAACCUGGAGGAGUUCUUGGCUUCCUUGACCAAAUCAACCAGAAGCAAGAGAGUGUCCCUGAGGCUGGAGCCAUUGUAGUACACUGCAGUGCUGGAAUUGGUCGCACUGGGACCAUCAUUGUCAUUGAUAUGAUUGUGGAUAUGAUCUCCACAAAAGGGCUGGACUGUGAUAUAGAUAUCCCAAAAGUGAUUCAGAUGGUCCGGUCCCAGCGCUCUGGAAUGGUGCAGACUGAAGCUCAGUACAAAUUCAUCUAUAUGGCCAUUUGCCAGUUUAUAGAGACCACUAAGAAGAAGUUGGAUGUUAUGCAGUCUCAGAAAGGAAGACCAAACGAAUCUGAAUAUGGGAAUAUUACCUACCCACCUGCACAGAAGACUCCCCAUGCAAAAGCUUCACGGAAAUCUUCCAAGCAAAAGGAGGAACCCACCCUCUAUGAGAAUUUAGACAAAGCCAAAGCCAAGAAAGAGGAAAAAGUUCAAAAGCCAUUGGGCAAGGAGAAAAAACCCAAGGGCUCCUUGAAGAAAAAGUAAUGCCACCCAAGUGCCUAUAGACAUUGUCUUGUUCCUUGCUAGAAAAACUCCAAGAUGUUUCUUGAAUUGGGAGCACCAGAUGAAGACAUUUUGGUUCUUGGUGUGGGAACCUUGCAUGGUACCUUCUGCUUUUACUAAUGAGUGUGUUCCUUUGCUUCUUUUGAUUCACCCAUCUAGUUGCCUAUGAGCCUCUAUAUCUGCAGGUUGGGAGCCCUGAAACACUCAUUCUCCGCAUGUGUGUAAAUUUGGUUACUGAGAAAUGGCCAGCCUCGUGUACCACUAAAUCUGUUUUCCAGUUUUGACUUCAAAGGGCAUCUUUGAGAGCUGACAAUAUGUUAAUUGUUCUUUUUCAGUAUACAUACUCAUGCCCAUAUCUCUUUCCUCCACAUGGGCUCCCAAAUCUAUUUAUCCUAGGUCAGCCUAGGUAUUAGGCCCCAUCAGGUCCAAACCUUCAUUUGCUGCUUCUGAUUAAAUAUUAGCUCCGUAGCUGCAACUUUCUUUCCGAUCCAAUUCCUUUUUGCGGCUUGUUUGAAACUUUGCCUGGUGGGUCAAUACUAAUCUUGUUUUGUGCAACGCUGCCUUCUGAACACAGUCUGCAAAAGUCCAACACCCACUGCUUUGCUACCAGAUAUUCCCACUGCACUUUGUAAAUAAUGGUUUUCUAGUCAAGUAGAUUGAUUUCCUUUAUUUUGUAAAUAAACUAGAUUUUGGAU